CAAUCACACUCUAACUAGAAUUUACCUUAAAAACCAACAAAUAUAAAGGCCUUUUCAUCUCCUAACAAACAAAACCCCAUUGACGACCAAAGAACACAAUCAGAAAAAAAGCAAGAUUGAGAUACAUAGAUAGAUCUAAUUAAGUUGAAUUGAAUUAUAAGUGUUGUAAUAAUGUCAGGUGUAUCAUUACAGUGUGGUGAUUGUGGAACACUUUUCAAAUCUGUAGAAGAAGCACAAGAACAUGCUGAAGUUACUUCACAUACUAAUUUCUCUGAAUCAACUGAAGCUGUUCUUAACCUUGUUUGUACUGCUUGUGGCAAGCCUUGUCGCUCCAAAACGGAGAGUGAUUUGCACACCAAGAGAACUGGCCACACAGAAUUUACAGACAAGACAGCAGAGGCAGUGAAGCCAAUCAGCUUGGAGGUACCAAAGGCAAAAGCCGAUGAGGACGUAGACAUGGCAGAGGGUGGUGAUGACAGUGGUACUGGCCAACAUGAAGAAAUGGUUGUUCCUGAAGUUGACCAAAACCUGCUAUCGGAACUCGAGACAAUGGGAUUUCCCAAAGCUAGGGCUAUCCGCGCACUCCACUUUUCUGGCAAUGCCAGCUUGGAGGCUGCUGUAAAUUGGGUUGUAGAGCAUGAAAGUGACCCAGACAUUGAUGAAACACCAAUGGUACCUGCCAGUUCCAAGAAAGCUGAGGCUCCAAAGCCUUCUCUUACUCCAGAGGAAAUAAAGAUGAAACAACAAGAGUUGAAGGAGCGUGCUCGUAAAAAGAAAGAAGAGGAAGAGAGACAAAGGGAAAGAGAGAGAAAAAGAAUUAGGAUUGGUAAGGAACUCCUGGAAGCAAAACGGAUUGAGGAAGAUAAUGAAAGAAAACGUAUAAUAGCAUUGCGCAAAGCCGAAAAAGAGGAAGAAGCACGAGCUAGGGAGAGAAUUCGUCAGAAGCUGGAAGAAGAUAAGGCAGAAAGAAGAAGGAAGCUCGGUUUGCCAGCAGAAGAUCCUGCUUCCAAACCUUCUACACCUGUUGUGGAGGAAAAAAAGAGCUCAUUUUUGCCUGUCAGACCAGCUACAAAGGCCGAGAAGAUGAGGGAGUGCCUGCGAACUCUUAAACAGACUCACAAGGAUGAUGAGGCCAAAGUCAAGACAGCCUUCAACACACUGCUAACUUAUGCAAAGAAUGUCGCUACAAAUCCCAAUGAGAGAAAUUUCAAGAUUAGACUUAGUAAUGCUGCUUUUCAGGAUAGAAUUGGCAAGCUUCAAGGAGGCAUUGAGUUUCUUGAGCACUGUGGAUUUGAGAAAAUUGAAGGGGGUGAAUUCUUGUACCUGCCAAGAGAGAAGGUGGACAUUGCAGUGCUUAAUACUGCUGGAACUGAGUUGAACAAUGCAAUUAAGAAUCCCUUCUUUGGAGUCCUUUAAUCUUAUAAUACAUGAGUUCAGGCCAAUAGUGAAGGAUGUUUUGUCCAACAUUUACAAGGUACCUUAGUAUUAUAUAAACUGAAACUGUAAAAGCUACUAAGGUUGAUAUAUGGAUGUUCCUUUUUGAACCAUUUUUUUUUUUCAUCUACGAGUUAAAGGAUCAUGAUCAUUUUGAAACUUGAUGUCCUUUUUUGCAUGACUAAGAUAACAAUGGAAAGUAUGUAUGAUGAAUAUCAGGCUGAUGGUUAGAUGUA